GCGCAGAGUUCAGCUCAGUCGAAGCAGGAGCAAGGAGAGAGGGUAGACAGCAGAGGGAUCGCUUUCGGCUUUAUUAUGCUCAAUUUGAUCGCUAAUUGCCAAGCAAAGAGGGAGGACUCAUGGUGAAGAGAAAGAAGACGUGUUCCACCUCCGAAGAGCUUGAUAAUGGCAUGACACUUGGCUCCAGGGAGGCGAUCGGUGUCGAUGGGAAGCGGAAUCCGUCCAGAAAGCCCGAAGGUUGCGACGAGGAGGAGAGCGGAGAGCAGGCGAGCGACGAGCGCAGUACAAAGGGAGAGGAGCGAGUGGAAAUUCUUAAUCCAUCAACCACGGGUCCCAGCUCCGGUCCGACCACGGUCCUACCCGGGUCCCCACCGAACCGGACCGGAGCGGGUUCGAACCAGCAGCCCCAGAGCUCCGCGGAACCCGCCCCUCCGUGUCACGACCAGCAUCAUUUUCUGCGAUCGAGUGUCCGACCUCCCAGCAAACGGAUACGGAAGGAUUCAAUCGGAUCCACCAUCAAUGGGCACGGCGGGGCAAAAUCGAAAGGGGCAGAAAACGGUUCAUCCUCCCAUGGGGCUGUGGGACAGUCUGUGGCCAGCUCAGCAGCAGGAGUUUCCAAGAACCCAAAGGGCCAGGGAUCUGCUGAGAAAGAGGAGCCAGGUGGAAACCAGAAGCGAGCGCGUCGGCAGUGGGAGUCGUGGAGCGCUGAGGAUAAAAACAGCUUCUUUGAGGGGCUUUAUGAGCAUGGGAAGGACUUUGAGGCCAUCCAGAAUAAUAUCGCAAUGAAGUACAAAAAGAGAGGAAAGCCAGCCAACAUGGUGAAGAACAAAGAGCAGGUCCGCCAUUUUUACUACCGCACCUGGCACAAGAUCUCCAAACACAUCGACUUUGCCAAUGUUUACUCCCGUGUUUUGAAAAAAUCUUCACAAGAGCUGUACGGUCUUAUCUGCUAUGCCGAGCUGCGCAAAAAAGUUGGAGGAUUGAUGGAUGAGAAGAACGUCGCAAAGCUGAAUGAACUCAUCCAGCAGGGGGCCACCACUGUGCGCUCCAAGGGGAGAAACCUACGGAUCAAAGCCCCCAUGUGCCGAGCACUGAAGAAACUCUGCGAUCCAGAUGGGGUGAGUGAUGAAGAAGACCAGAAGCCAGUGCGCCUUCCUCUUAAGGUGGCGGUGGAGCUCCAGCCUCGCAGUAACCACUCCUGGGCCCGUGUUCAGAGCUUAGCCCACAAUCCCCGCCUCAGGAUGGUGGUGGAGCUCCACAGGAAAGUCUCCUGCCUCAUCGAGUACCUGAAACAGAAGUGGGCUUACCAAGACCAGCGAAUUCUGAAGAGUCUCAUGGAGCGGGAGGCUCUAGAAGGCAGCCAGUCCAGUCCAGACUCUCCCAGCAAAGCCCAGCAGCAGGAGCUCACGCUCUUCCCAGCAGAGAACAGCGCCCUGACUACACUGCCUGGUGUGGCUCGGGUAGUUCACUCCAAGGCCUCGUGCACCGUCCACUGGUUAGAAAGCGGCAAGAGCCGACCCAGUGUCAAAGAGCUGCCGGCGGUCCAGAUCCUGGGCAUCCAAAGUGCGGCGCCUCUUCGAGGGGGCAGCAAAUCUGGACGAGGAGGCUCUGCUGCUGCCAGCACGUCUGCGGCGGCUAACCCUGACCCAUCACCAGACGGUUCUGGAAAGCUGGAGGAGAAGAAACCUCCACCGUGCUCCCUUUCCUCUCAGCAGACUGUGACUCUUACAGAAGAGGGAAACGGGACAGUAUCUACAGAGACUGGGAGGAUAUGUAGUGCAGUGGAGGACAAUGGCAGCGAGGAGUUCCUAUCAGAUCAGUGCAAAGAGGAGCAGAGCACAGGGAUCUCCUCAGAUCCAAAUGCAGCCAAAGCUGCAGUGACUGUCUCAGAGGAGAAUGUGUCACAGGGCUCUGCACCGCCAGCAAAAGAACGGACAGUAGAACAGAUCAGGGAGGAGGGGUGGAGCGCCCGCGAUGCAGAAAAUGUUACCCUGGCUGAGCUCUACCUGAUGUUUGGGAAGCCAGGCAAGCUGCAGCUGGAGUACGAGUGGCAGCCGGCCGCCGCUGCUUCCAGCAACCAGGAGAACGGAGCGACCUCAGAGCCACCUAAGCCCCACAGGACGAACAGGGUGUUACGCUGCUUACUAAAGCUGGUUUCCACUGAGAUCAAUCCUAAACCUCUGGUUUCAGAGGUGUGCUCCACAGCCACGUCGCCUCUGAAGACCAGCCAGGAGGAGCAGAACCAGGUUCUAACGCCUCCAGGAAAGAGCCCAAUCUCAGGUGUUCGCAGCCCCAGCUUCGGCCGGACCCAGGCCUCUGUCCGUGGGGCCAGGACCCUCCCGCCAAACGCAGCUGCCUCUGGUGGGCGUAACCUGCCUCGGUCUCUGCUGGGGUCAGCUGGCGACUCGGAAGGCACCGUGUUCGCCGUUCCCACCACGCUCCCUCCCAACAGCUCGCGACACAACAGAAUGUUCUCUCCCAACAAGGAGGCUCAGCUGGCCUUCAGGCAGCAGCUGGACUCCAUCAGCAUGCAGUCAGAUCUUUUCCUUUCCAGACAGAGAAAACCUCGGAACAGGCAGUUUCGGAAACCUCUAGUAGUUCAGCGAACGCUUCUCCCCAGGACAACGGGGGACACUCCUCAACAUGUCUGCUCCUUCUCCAUCCUCUCCAACUCCUCUGCUACAGGAACUGGAUCCUUCCGGCCAAUCAACACUCGCCUGGCUCCGUCCUCUCGCCCUCCAGUGACCAAAACUUCGCCUCCUGCGUCCGGCGGCUCCACAGUGCCCAGCCAGUUGUCCAGCGCCAUCGACCUGGCAGCAAAGACUGCCGGCAUCAUCCCUGGCAGCCCCUGUGGGGAGUUGGAUUCCCCUGCUGUUAACGCCGCUGUUCUCCCAACAACACCCACUGUUGAUGCUGCCGCAGACUCCCAGCUCCUGCAGCAGAAUGUCCCUGAGAACGGUCUACCUCCUCCAUCUCCUGGAGCCACAGGCGGUGGGGACUCCCUCCUCUCUCCACCCAGCGUCGUCUCACUCCUGGACAUCUCUCUGCCAGGCCCCCCCGAGGAGGCCCUCACCCCUGGAGAACCUCAGACACACAUUAGCGACUCCAUAAUCGAACUAGCCAUUAACUCGACAAACUACGCAGGUGAGGAGGCCACCCUCUCUCCAGCCAAGCUGGGUAAUGCAGACCCCUCCAAGCUGUUGGCCUCGUCUCCCUCCGUCAGCCCGUCCAGAGGAUGGAUCCCGUCUCCCAGCCAUGACCCUCAGUGGUACCCCAGCGACUCCUCUGACUCCACGCUGGGAUGCCUCCUUUCUAGUAUGGUUUCCCCUGAUAAGAGCAGGCGUACCGCCCUCACCCCCUCCGGCCCCUCGAGCGGCACAGCCCUGCUCGGCCCUAGUCUCCUGGACUGCAAUUCCCAUGACUCCUUCCAAUCCCGUGGCCUUCCUGAUGUGGCGGAGAUGGACUCUCAGCUUGUCUGCAUGAUGAGUGAGAGCAGCGUGGACUAUAUCGCUCGCUUCAAUGACCUGGCUCAGGAGCUGGCCGUCACCGAGCCCUCCAUCCCUCCUCCGUGAGGAACAGAGCCAUCUGGAGGACACAAAUCACUUUGCCUCCUCUUUGGAUGAAAGCUUGGUCUCACCAUCAAAGCCAUCCCUGCCCUGGAGUAUAAGUGCAAUAAUAACGGUGAAACCUGAGCUUUGGUUUCCCCUGAACUCUUAUUUAAGAUAAAAAGAAAAAAAACACCCUUUAAAAUCAACACUUUAGAGGAAUUAACGUGUUUACAAAACACCACCUCAUGUACAUGAUAAAUACUAUGCCAUAUCUGAACAAAAGGUUUUCACCAGUCAUGUCUCAUCCUUUCCUGUAUGUCUGUGUUGUUUUGUUUCUACUCUUAUAUCAGACCCGUAAAAUGUGGAAAUCCAGCAAAAUGUGCAAAACCUGACCUUAAAAGUGGUUAAUUUAUGUUUUUUAACAAAUGGCAGCGAGUAACUGGCUAAUUAAGAUGAGGUACUCGCUAUAAUGAAGUUGUAAUGUAAAAACCAGCGACAGCAUCUUCUCAUUGUGCCCACAUUUCAGGCGUUAUUCAUCUCAUAUCGGUCCCAGUAUUUUUGGGUGAGAUUCAACAGUGCUCCCUUUGAACUCCCUUUGUUUUCUUACAGCCACUCACCAAAUGGCAGCUUAACAAUUAACUCUACUGAAGUGAUAUUUUUGUAGCUACUGGCUUGAAAUUACACACAAAAAAAAACAUUCAUUUCAAUAGGAUCAUUUAAAAAGGCAGUUUUAUUUUGGAAGUUGGCCGAAAAGUCAAUUUUGGCUUCUUUCUUAACCAAACGCUUGUUUUUCGUGUGUUUUUUUUUCCAGCUCUGGAAUACUUUUUAAUCAUCUAAUACUUAUCUUAACUCCAACACGCUCCUCUUUUGGCUAUGAUUACUUUAGUUGUUAUUUUCCCUAUUAUUUCAGAUUGUUUUCUGCAGUUAGUUUACGCGUAAAGUGUAAAGGCGUGCAGUCAGAAGAAUGUAACUGGAUCAAACACUAAAGCCAUACUAGCUUUUUAGCUUAACAACUCCCUUAAGAUCAACCCCCCUCUGACUGUUAUUAAAAACACUAUUGCUAACAUUAAUAUGAUUGGCUCCUGAACGUCUUCGUCCCUUAGCAUUAUGUCACUCUGGUUAAAAUAACAGCUUCCUCUAUCUGUGCAGUUUCCACAUACAGUUUUUGCAACAUGCAUCCUGCUGUUAGCCCAGACUGGGUGCAAUCAGGGUUCAUACAUGCCGUAGUCUUGUCCACAGCAUCAUCCUACAUUAAGAGUGUAAACUACAGGACGGCUUUUUACUAUCAUUCCACAAAAAGUAAUUCAGAAUGCUUUGCUUUUCUAUUAGCUCAUCAGUAGCUUUGAAGUCACAAAAUGUAAAAGCUCUGACGUGUGAGAUAUCUUAGCAGCUUCAUUUUGUGACACUAGAGUCUAUAUAAGGAAUAAGAGGCAGGUUUUAUAUUUUAUUCUGAAAGGUUUUUGUCGUUUUUUCUGUUGAAGGAUUUGUACAAAUGUCAAUUCCAAAAUUCUCUACGCUUGUGUAACAUAAUGUAAAAUUGAUAUUUGGACUAUUUAUUAACAUUUCUUAAAGUGUUUUUUUUUUCUGUUUAACUUAAUAUUAAGGUGGCAUCUUAAAAGGAUAAACCUGUUUUAAGUUUUGUAAGAGCUGGUUUUAUUACAUGUAUAAAGAUAGAUGCAACGUCU